CGCCGCCGCCUCCCACUGCCUCGCCUCCCGCGCCCUUCCCGCUCCUUCGCCUUCUGUCUAGCUAGGUGGACGGGAAGGAAGCAGCGAUUCAGUCAACAUGGGUAAAGGUGACCCCAAAAAACCAAAGGGCAAGAUGUCUGCAUAUGCCUUUUUUGUGCAGACUUGCAGGGAAGAGCAUAAGAAGAAAAACCCAGAAGUUCCUGUCAAUUUUGCAGAAUUUUCCAAGAAAUGCUCAGAGAGAUGGAAGACAAUGUCUGGGAAGGAGAAAGCUAAAUUUGAUGAGAUGGCAAAAGCAGAUAAGGUGCGCUAUGAUCGAGAGAUGAAGGAUUACGGACCAGCUAAGGGAGGCAAAAAGAAAAAGGAUCCAAAUGCCCCCAAGAGACCACCGUCUGGAUUUUUCCUUUUCUGCUCAGAAUUUCGUCCCAAGAUCAAGUCUACAAACCCUGGCAUCUCUAUUGGUGAUGUGGCCAAGAAACUGGGUGAGAUGUGGAACAACUUAAGUGAUAAUGAGAAACAGCCCUACAUCACCAAGGCUGCAAAGCUGAAAGAGAAGUAUGAAAAGGAUGUUGCUGAUUACAAAUCUAAAGGGAAAUUUGAUGGUGCUAAAGGUCCUGCUAAAGUUGCCCGGAAAAAGGUGGAAGAUGAAGAUGAAGAAGAGGAAGAGGAGGAAGAAGAGGAGGAGGAGGAGGAUGAUGAAUAAAAAAAAACCUAUUGAUCUGUCUCCUUGUGAAUAUCUUAGAGUAGGGGAGCGCCGUGAUCGGCACAUCUCUUAUUUGAGACGUGUCUAUUGCUCUUAUUAGGUUUAAUUACAAAAUUUGAUCGCGAUCAUUGUAGUCUCUCAAAGUGCUCUAGAAAUUUUGUCAGUGGUUUACAUGAAGGUAGCCAUGGGUGUCCAGAGCACCUGAAACUGUAUCAAAGUUGUACAUAUUUGCAAACAUUUUUAAAAAGAAAAGGCACUCGUGUUCUCCUCUCUGUGCACUUUGCUGUGGGUGUGACAAAACAUUUGAAGAUGUUUCUGGCAUUUUGUUUUCAAUCUGUAAGGUGGUGUUAACUCUAUGGUUAUUGGCUAGAAAUCCUGAGUUACCAGCUGUACAUAUCUAUAGUUUGUAAAAAGAACAAAACAACCAAGACAGACUCUUGAUGCUCCUUGCCUGGCGUUGAGGCUGUGGAGGAAGAUGCCUUUUGGAGGGGCCGUAGCUCAGGGCAUGCACUGUGAGGCUGGACCUGUUGACACUGCAGUGGGCAUCCAUUUAGCUUCAGGUUGUCUUGUUUCUGUACAUAGUGACAUAGCAUUUGCUGCCAUUCUUAGCUGUGGAAAGGGGGGGGGUCAGCUGGCAUGAGAAGUGUAUUUUUUUUUUAGUUAAGUGUGGUAGGUUUUAAACCCUUUGUUUUUACACAAACUGGAACUGUUCAUUGUCAGCAAAGGAAAGUUCAAGAACCUUCUGUACUUAAACACAAUUUGCAACGUUCUGUUAUUUUUUUGUAUGUUUAGAAUGUUGAAAUGUUUUUGAAGUUAAAAUAAACAGUAUUACGUUUUUAAAAGUG